AGCAAGCUUUGGGUAUGUUCCUUGGAUGCCUUUUGUGUGUAGGAGUUGGAAUUCUCAUUGUACUCGAAAGUCAAGCAAAUCGACUAGUGGUUGCUGCUGAUUAUGGUCAUUGUAUAAUGGUGUUUUAUUUUUUUAUUUGUGAAAACUUGCAAAGAAAUGGACAUUCGGUUUUUAAAGCUUACCAUCAUCACCCUCUUACUGUUUUUCUCCUCUAGAUUCUCAUGUGGAACUGAUAUCAUCACCUCAUCCACCAAUCUUAGUGAAGGUAGAACCUUAGUUUCUAAUGAUGGAAGCUUUGAACUGGGGUUCUUCAGUUCUGGAAGUACAGCCAAGGGCCGUUACUUGGGAAUUUGGUUCAAGAAUAUCCCAGUUCAAACUGUUGUUUGGGUUGCAAACAGGUGCAAGCCAAUUAAUGACACAUCUGGUGUUUUGAUGAUAAACAGAACAGGUAAUCUGGUACUCCUCAAUCAAAGCGGGAGUGUUGUUUGGGCAUCAAACUCAAAGAAAGAAGCUCAAAACCCAGUACUGCAGCUCCUGGAUUCUGGAAAUCUUGUUCUACAGGACAGAAAUGCUGGUAUUUUGUGGCAAAGCUUUGACCAUCCAACAGAUACUUUGCUGGCAGGUAUGAAACUUGGAUGGGACUUAAGGACUGGUCUUAAUCGCCAAGUAUCAGCUUGGAAGACCCCAGAUGAUCCAUGCCCUGGAGACUUAACUAUGGGGAUAGAGCCAAAUAAUAAUCCCGAUUUUGUUAUUUGGAAAGGAUCGAGAAAAUAUUUUCGGGCAGGCCCCUGGAAUGGCAUUGGAAUGAGUGGUGCACCCCCAUUGAAGCCAAAUCCGUGGUUUACGUUCAACAUCAUCUCAAAUGAAGAGGAGAUUUACUACAUAUUCUUCCCCAAAACCAAAUCAACAAUCACAAGGCUUGUUUUGAACCAAACUUCAGGUAGGGGAGAACGCUAUUUGUGGAAUGAAAACACUAAGACUUGGACAGGGUACAGUUAUUUUCCAUGGGAUGACUGUGACAUCUAUGGUACUUGUGGGGAAUAUGGGACCUGUGUCAAUAGUGCACUACCGCCUUGUAAAUGUUUAAAAGGUUUCAAGCUGAAAUCACUGGAAGAACGCUCGGUAGAUUGGUUUCAGGGAUGUUUGCGCAAUAAACCUUUAGAUUGCCAGAAAGGUGAUGGAUUUAUUAGAUUUGGUGGGCUGAAACUGCCCGAUACUGCACAUUCUUGGGUUAAUAAAAGUAUGAACCUCAAGGAGUGCAGGGCCAAAUGCUUAGAGAAUUGUUCUUGUAUGGCCUAUACAACCUUGGAUAUUAAAGAAGCCAGCGGUUGUGCAAUUUGGUUUGAUAAUCUAAUUGAUCUUAAAGAGAUCCAAUCUGGUGGACAGGAUUUAUACAUUCGAAUGGCUGCUUCUGACUCAGACCACGAAGAGACAAAAGGCAAGACUAAAAUGUUGACAGGACUAAUAAUUGCAACUGCCAUUCUUGUAGUUACUGGUGUUCUUGUAAUCACCUACUACAUUCGAAGGAGCCAUCGAAACAGAGAAGGAAGAGAAAAUGGCAGCGGUGAUGAAAGGCAAAUUGAAGAUAUGGAACUCCCAUCAUUUGAGUUAGAUUUAAUAUCAAAUGUCACCAAUAACUUCUCUCCAAACAACAAGCUAGGAAAAGGUGGCUUCGGGGCUGUAUACAAGGGUAUUCUACCAGAUGGAAAAGAAAUUGCUGUGAAGAGGCUCUCAAGAAGCUCUAGACAAGGAAUAGCGGAGUUUAAGAAUGAAGUAGCACUUAUAGCCAAACUUCAACAUCGAAAUCUUGUAAAGCUUCUAGGAUGCUGCAUUCAGGGGGAGGAGAAACUGCUGAUUUACGAAUACAUGCCCAAUAAAAGUUUGGACUUCUUCAUUUUUGACCAUACAAGAAGGAAUCUAUUAGACUGGCCAAGGCGUUUUCACAUUAUUUGUGGAAUUGCUAGAGGGCUUGUCUAUCUACAUCAAGAUUCUCGAUUGCGAAUCAUCCAUAGAGAUCUCAAAGCAAGUAAUGUUUUGCUUGAUAGUGAAAUGAAUCCCAAAAUUUCUGACUUUGGCAUGGCUAAAACAUUUGGAGGAGAACAAUCUGAGGGGAACACAAAGAGAGUAGUUGGAACCUAUGGUUAUAUGGCACCAGAAUAUGCCAUUAAUGGGCAAUUCUCAAUAAAAUCUGAUGUCUUCAGCUUCGGUGUAUUGUUGUUGGAGAUAAUAAGUGACGGUUUAGCAAGCUUUGGGUAUGUUCCUUUGAUGCAUUUUGUGUGUAGGAGUUGGAAUUCUCAUUGUACCCGGAAGUCAAGCAAAUCGACUAGUGGCUGCUGCUGCUCAGCUGCCGCCUCCUUUUUUCCCAUUGCCACCACCUACACAGCCGCCGCCACUCACAGUGGCAAAAAAUUGUCCAUCAAGGCUUUGACAUCAAUUACUGUAAGCAUAAUUCUCCUGCUGCUAGUCCUUGGAGUCAUUACUUCAAAAGCUUUAGCUAUAACCCUUGCUGUUAUAUUUCUAAUCUUCUAUGCUUACAUAGCUGUUGUUUGGGAUCUAUCCUUUGUGGUUUCGGUUUUUGAAGAGAAGUCUGGGAUUGAGGCACUUGGAAAUGCUGCAAAUAUUGUCGAGGGCAUGCAGCUCCAAGGGUUUGUUUUGAAUCUUGGGAUAAUGGUGUUGUCAUUAGUUUUGUCCCUUGGUUGGAAAUUGAUGGCCAAGCAAACCGCAGAGAUGCAAGUUAUUGUUGCGCAAAAUUCCAUAUAUUUGGUGCUGAACAUGUUUGAGUACAUGGCAUUAACAGAUAUGUACUACCAAUGUAAAAGGAAUCAUGGAGAAGUGGUGGAGCUGAAAGGAACAGUGGAAUACAACGAAGUAUCAUCUUCCCCACUUAUUGCUGUGUGACAACUGCAUAGUUCUUUAUGUU